UGGGUAUCAAAUGAAAUGAGAUGGCAGAUAAGAUUGCAAAGCGAACAAUGAUCACAAUGAUUUGGUAGUUAGACAGAAAUCAAUCAUUAUUAAACACAGAUUGAAGGAAAGAAAUGAGAGGAAGAGAUGAAAGGAUGAUGUAUUUACAGAGUUCAGAGGAAAGUGGGAGAAACGAAGUGUGCAGGAGAUGAGACACACCGGACUAAACAGUACAUUAUUCAGAAUAAGUGAAUAUAAUACAGGCAGAUGUGAUUAAUGUGGGGAAGAAGAAACAGUAAAACAUGUUAUGUUACACUGUCAGAAAUAUGAGGCAGAAAGAAUCUGAUUCAAAACCUCAGACAGAUAAAAGUACACUUUGAUCUAAUAGAUAUUCUACAAGAGAAAUGAGUGUUAUUAAAUCCUAUUUCAGUGUCUUAGAAUAACGAGCAGAUAUGACGUUUUUUAAUGAAUUUUGUAAAUAGUCCUCACUCCAAACCAGCUGGUGGCGGAAAUGCACCAAUUCGUUGUUUGCCAACCGCCAAUAAACCUGAAAGAAGAAGAAGAUUAAGAAGAUGUCAGAGCUACAGCUGUUACGGACUCUGGUCACCGAGAAGUUAACGGCGGCGGCGGAGGAGAUCCUCGCGCUGCUGGAGCGAGUGAUGCUGGAGCGCGAGGAGGAGUUGAUCCGCCGGUACAGAGCCGCCGACAUGACGCUGAGUCCGGCCACAGAUCCUCCGCUGAGCCGCGGGGGACACACAGGCUCUCAGCAGCUUGACGGUGGUGAACUCCAGGAGCAGCUUCCACUGCAGCAGCCUGACGAGCAGCCGGAGCUUCCCACCAUCAAACAGGAGCAGGAUGGGGAGGAGAAGGAGUGGACCAGUCCUGGAGUCCAGGAUGAAGCUCCUCAGAUGGAGUUCAUCUACAGCCUGCAGUGUAAAAGUGAGCAGCCUCAGGUUGACUGUGCACCCUCUGAGGAGGCCCUGAAGGUGGAGCUGAGGGACGGUGAUGUCCUGCCGAGCACCUCCUCCGAGUUGACUGUUGCCCCGCCGCUGCAGUGGGACCUCCCAGCAGACCCUCCUGCUGCUGCCACUCAGAGCGAAGAUGCAGGUGGUAAUACCACGUCUCGAUCCUGUAAAGUGUGCGGCAUGGUGUUCAGCUACCGCGGCUCGCUGAUGAACCACGUAGGGGUCCACGCAGACGACGAGCACUGCCUCUGCGGCGUGUGCGGCAAACUGCUGCCGGACAGAGAGAGUCUGCUGCAGCACCUGCAGACACACGUCAAAACCCACGUCUGCCAGGUAUGCGGCAAAACCUUCCGGCGGCACGUGGAGCUGGCGGUGCACACGCGCUGCCACACAGGCGAGAAGCCGUUCAGCUGCAAAGUUUGCGGGAAAUGCUUUAGCCGCAAAGGCAACAUGGAGAUCCACAUGAGGACGCACACAGGUGAGAAGCCGUACCGCUGCGGUGUCUGCGGGAAGUGCUUCAACAUCACCUCGUCCAUGAUCCGCCACUCCAGGACGCACUCUGGAGAGAAGCCGUAUACCUGCAACUUCUGCUUCAAAGGCUUCACCAACAGCUCGGACAUGAAGAUUCAUAUGAGGACACACACGGGCGAGAAGCCGUACACCUGCCUUGUCUGCGGCAAGGGCUUCCCGCUCAGCACACCGCUCAAAUACCACAUGAGGCGCCACACGGAGGAGCUGCUCCAGCGACGUGUACACACUGCAACGCCACAUGAAGACUCACAAAGAGAAAGCUUCCUGAUGAAACACACCGCUGAGUACCUUGGUUUAGACGGAGCGGCUGAGAAACUUGACCUGCGCACAGCUAAGAUGCCUUCCAAAAGGACCAGACUACAAGAAACAGAGAAAGAGCUGAGGGAGGCAGCUAUCGCAACUUUGCAGAGCUGGAUUCAGACUGCCAGCAGACCAGCAGAUGAGCCACAAAGCUCCAGACCAGAGAGUGAAGGAGAACAUGCUGAGCAUCACGACACACAUCAGACAGCCUCUCAGCAGCUUGACGGCGGUGAACUCCAGGAGCAGCUUCCACUGCAGCAGCCUGACGAGCAGCCGGAGCCUCCCGCCGUCGAACAGAGGGAGGAGGAGGACGACGAGGAUGAGGAGGACGACGAGGAUGAAGAGGAGGAGGAGGAGGAGGAGGAGGUGUGGACCGGUCCUGGAGUCCAGGAUGAGGCUCCUCAGAUGGAGUUCAUCUACAGCCUGCAGUGUAAGAGUGAGCAGCAUCGGGCUGACUGCGCGACCUCUGAGGAGGCCCUGAAGGACGAUGACGUCCUGCCGAGCACCUCCUCCGAGCUGACCAAUGCGCCGCCGCCGCCACAGUCGGACCUCCCAGCAGACCCUCCUGCCGCCGCCGCCGCUCAGAGAAAAGACGCAGGUGGGAAUACCACGUCUCGAUCCUGUAAAGUGUGCGGCAUGAUGUUCAGCUACCGCGGCUCGCUGAUGAACCACGUAGAGGUCCACGCAGACGACGAGCACUGCCUCUGCGGCGUGUGCGGCAAACUGCUGCCGGACAGAGAGAGUCUGCUGCAGCACCUGCAGACACACGUCAAGAUCCACGUCUGCCAGGUCUGCGGCAAAACCUUCUGGCGGCACGUGGAGCUGGCGGUGCACACGCGCUGCCACACGGGUGAGAAGCCGUUCAGCUGUAAAGUCUGCGCCAAGAGCUUCAACCGCAAAGGCAACAUGGAGAUCCACAUGAGGACGCACACGGGCGAGAAGCCGUACACCUGCCCCGUCUGCGGCAAGGGCUUCAACAUCACCUCGUCCAUGAUCCGCCACUCCAGGACGCACUCCGGAGAGAAGCCGUACACCUGCAACUUCUGCUUCAAAGGCUUCACCAACAGCUCGGACAUGAAGAUUCAUAUGAGGAUGCACACGGGCGAGAAGCCGUUCAGCUGCAGAGUGUGCGACAAGAGCUUCAGCCGCAAAGACAACAUGGAGAUCCACAUGAGGACGCACACGGGCGAGAAGCCGUACACCUGCCCCGUCUGCGGCAAAGGCUUCCCGCUCAGCACGCCGCUCAAAAACCACAUGAAGCGCCACACGGAGGAGCGGCCGCGCUGCAGCGUGUGCAGCCGCGGCUUCAGAGACGUGUACACGCUGCGGCGCCACAUGAAGGCUCACGAAGAGAAAACGUCCUGAUGAAAACACGGCGGACGAACCUGAAGCCUCGAGUCUGAUUCUCGCUCCCGGCUGUUUGUCUGAGACUCAAGACCUUCAGAAAUCCUUAAAUCGUGGUCACAUGAUGUUUCCAAAUGUUCUCCACCCUCGACUCCAAAAAAAAGGAUGUGAUGUCAAGUUUCUGAUGCGGGUAAUAAAUAAAUAUUGAUCAGAACGUUCACAAACUUUAAACAAUGUGAGAGUGACGCCACGGUUUGUAGCCGUGUUUCUAUUGGCUGAACGUCGCACUGAAACAGGAAACACACGCUUCGAUGUGUCCGUCAGUCGGGCGUCAAUAGAAGUGAACAGGAAACAUCAUGUUGCCGCACCUUUUAAUCUAAAUAAAGCCCCUUUCACACACGCAGUCCAUCCCUGAAAUGUUCCUGAACAUUUCCUGCAUGGCGUCGUGUGUGUGUGAACGGGGGGCAGCGAUCGAUAUUCAGGGAAAUCUGUACCGCCGAUUUUCCCGCCUCAAGGCCGAGAAACAUUCCAGGGAAAACGCCGGUACGGCUGCGUUGCGAACGAACGCAGUAACGUUGCAGGGAAGAGCACAUAAAGGGUGACGUCUGUCUGACGAGCGAGCGAACCAAUCACAAGACUCUCGCCGACGCUUCGGCUGCUGAUUUGAUAACUCUGGACUGUGUUGCGUCACCGCCAGCUGCUGGACUGUCCCACCUGCUCCUGUGUUGUUGAUGUUAUGUGUGAAAAGGCCAAAGACAGAAAUGUUUCUGAAUGUAGCUGCAGGUGUGAAUAGUGAAAAAUCACCAGCGGUGCCUUAAUGGUUAUCCCAGUACUUUACUGGGAACUAUGUGUGAAAGAGGCUGAAUCUGAUUGGCUGAGAGACCUGCAAACAUGCACCUUAACUACAGCACGUCCUGCUGUACUACAGGUUUGAUUCACAAAAGCUUUGAUUCUAUAUUUUUAUUGAGAUACUGAGAUGAAGUUAUGAUUAAGAGCUUUUUAUUUAAUUAGGGUUAGGGUUAGGGUUAAGAGUUGUUGCUUAGCAACAUCAACGAAAGACAAGGGCUGGGCCCUGAUCUCCAUACGUAGAUAACUGGGUUAUCCAAAUUAAAACUAGAGCUGCAAUUAACAGUUAUUUUCUCAAUUAAUUUCAUUUGAUCUAUAAAAUGUUGAUCAGUGUUUCCUGAAG